AAACAGAGCCUCUGUGUGGAAGCCCGAUCCCCCAAUCCCAGAGAGACUUAGCUUAGGUACCAACUCCUGUCCCACCCAGGAGGCAUCAUCCGCCUCCACCCUGUGGAGCCAGGGAGAGGCCCUUGCUGUCCUUGUAGCCAAGGGCAGUAAGAACUCUGUCAUCCCUCGGGGAAGAACUCAGGGCCCACCUGUAGCUCCCGGGGUCCCUCGGGGAUAGGAGGUCAAUUUUUCUCCCUUCUGGAAGAUGCCCUGGAAGGCCUUGAUGCUGCUGCUGCUGCUCUCCAGCACCCAGGCUACUGAGUGCCGCAGGUGGAACAGAGCUGCGCUGUUCCCUGCUGCCCACCGGCCAAAGAGGUCCUUGGCACUGCCAUUGAAUCCAGUCCUGCAGACCUCCCUGCAGGACGUGGAACUCCUCUAUGAGCUCUUGCUGGCGGAAAUCGAGAUCAGCCCGGACCUGAAGAUCUCCAUCAAGGAUGAGGAGCUGGCUUCACUGAGGAAGGCUUUGAACUUCCACUCGAUCUGCAAUAAUAUAAUCCCCAAGCACAUCCCAGAUAUCCGCAGGCUGAGCACAAGCCUGGCCAACUACCCUGGAAUCCUCAAGAAAGAAGACUUUGAAAGGACAGCACUGACCCUGGCUUAUGCGGCCUACAGAACAGCCUUGUCUGAAGGGUACCAGAAGGACAUCUGGGCCCAGUCCCUCGUUAGCCUUUUCCAGGCCCUGAGGCAUGACUUGAUGCGGUCCUCAGGCCCUGGCAUGUCUUCCUGAGAGACUGGCCCAUGCCAGGACCGUGAAGCAGGGACAAACACACACAGUCUUCCAGAACAUUCAUCUGCUACUCUGCUUACAGAGACCAUGAAGACAGUAUGUACUGCCCACACAGAAUAACAAAGAUAAAUGAGUCAUCCUAAUACUCUUUCAUUUCUUGUUUUUCUGACACACAUCUCUGAACUAUGAUAUGAUGUUACCUAAGCUAAAAGAAAGGGCUAGAUCGGGAUUUCAAGAUACGUCCAGAGACCAACUGGUCUACUUGGUAAUGAAUAUAAGUCUAAGAUACACUUACACACACACACACACACACACACACACACACACACACACACAGAAGUACAGACUGCAGUCUGGGCAUGGCGGGAAGAUGGUGGACAGAUUCCUUCGGUUCUAAGGGACCUGUGUUAAAUGAACACUUUCUGGCAGGUUCUACGAUAAAUAUUAAAAGGGCAGAGAUACAUUCAAAUAAAUACAUCGUUAGCCAGGAAAGGCAAACUUUGUUUUCCUCGAAGCCAUGGAGAAGAAAUCAGUCAAAAAGCCAGUAAUGUGGUGACCAAAUGACUUGACUCAUCUUUUCUGAAGUUGCUCUGAGACAGAAGAAACAGGAACGGCCCAUGGAAGUUCCGGGAGUCCAUCCACGCCCUGCCGUUUGAACAUGGAAGCCAAGCUACAGCACAUAGCGCCCUCCUAGUCAAAGAGGUGGCGACGCCAUACUCGUCUGUCCUGAGAUGCUACAGUCUUGUCAGAGAUUUGGGUGCUCCUGAUAAAAAUCACUUUCAGAUGACUUGUGGUUUACUUUCAAAUGCUGAACUUUUCGUUUUCAAAAUGCUGGUUCAAUAUCUACUCAUUAUUUAUAUUAAAUAAUCACUGGUCGAUAUUUAAA